AUGGGAGGGUUGAGAUUUAAGCACCUCUUUAGGGAGAGUUUUGCUGAGUCUGAGGGUACAUUCCAGGUAGUGGUAAUAAUCUUCUUUUUGAGUCCAUGUUCCUUGGCGGCUGCACCACUUAUGCCAAAUGAGACUUUCCUUUGGGCUUGGAAUGUUCCAGCUGAAGCUUGUAUCGGAAGUGUUAAUCACUCAUUGGAUAUGAGUUUCUUCUCUUUAACUGGAAGUCCCCGGAAAACUGCCACAGGGCAGGUUAUCACAAUAUUCUAUAUUGACCGACUUGGAAAGUAUCCGCAUAUAGACGAGAAACAAAGGGAAGUGUUUGGAGGAGUACCUCAGGCGGGGAAUUUUCAGGAGCAUUUGGACAAAGCUAAGACUGACAUCGAGCAUUACAUUCCAGUAGACCAACUGGACCUAGCUGUCAUUGACUGGGAAGAAUGGAGGCCCACCUGGGAACGAAACUGGACACCAAAGGACAUUUAUAAGAAUAAGUCUAUUCAGUUGAUACAGACCCAAAAUCCAGGUAUGAACAUUGCACAAGCCAACAUAAAAGCCAAAGAACAAUUUGAAUUGGCAGGAAGAAAGUAUAUGGAAGAGACAUUAAAAUUGGGGAAAAAACUUCGACCCCAAUACUUCUGGGGUUUUUUUCUUUUUCCUGAUUGCUAUAAUUAUCAAAAUUACCUAGAUCCAGGAUACAAAGGAAGAUGUCCUAAUAUAGAAAUAGAGAGAAAUAAUAAUCUUGGCUGGAUAUGGAAAGAAAGCACAGCUCUUUACCCAGCAACCUAUCUGAAGAGAGAAUUGAAAUCAUCGCCAAAUGCAAAACUCUACAACCGCUACCGUGUAGUGGAAGGCAUCAGGAUGUCUAAAGUGCGUGAGGAAAAUAAUCCACUUCCUGUUUUUCUGUACACACGCGUUGUUUUCUCUGAUCGGAUAUGGGAGUUCCUUUCUCUUAAUGACCUUGUGAACACUAUUGGUGAAGCUGUUGCUCUGGGGACCAGUGGAGUUGUAAUAUGGGAUUCUAUAUCUAUAGCACAACGUGCACAGACAGGUUGUCCAGCCCUACACAAAUACGCGAACUCUAUCCUGUAUCCAUACAUAAUCAACGUCACCCUAGCAGCCAAAAUGUGCAGUCAAACACUUUGCAACCAUUGAGGCAUCUGUACAAGGAAAGACAAGAAUUCAAAUCACUAUAUUCAGUUGAAUCCGAAGAACUUAGAAAUUAUUUCGAAAAAUGAGAAGUUUGAAGUAGUUGGCAACCCUAGAGUUGGCGACCUGAAGUACUUUUCUGAGCAUUUUAAAUGCACCUGUUAUACCAACAUGAACUGUAAGGAGAGACCUGAUAUUGAAAGGGUGGAAAAUGUUAAUGUGUGCACUCGCAACAAUAUUUGUAUAAAGACCCACGUAGAUCCUGACCAAGCGUUCUAUCUCCUACCUGGAAAAAACCUUCUCAUUUUCAUCACUGUCACUCACAUACUCUGUCAUCUGCUCUAG